AUGGACCGCAUCAACGCCGACGGCGGCUCUGCGGCCUCGCGCCAGAAGAGCUGCAAUGCCUGCGUCCGCGGCAAGAGACGCUGCGAUAAGCGCACGCCGCGAUGCACUCGAUGCGCGGCCAAGGGACUCGAUUGCGUCUAUCAGCGCCAGCCACAGCAGCAACCACAGCAAUCACAGCAACAGCAUCCGCAGCAACUCCAGCAUCAGCAUCAGCAACACUGCGCCACGCCAGAGAUGCCUCCCGAAUUCGACAUGAGCUUUGAUAUCGAGAGCCUCAGCACCACAACCGGCACCAACACCAGCCCGGAGAGCCUCCAGCAGGACGCCGGGAUGGGUCUCGGCUGCGAUCCUCAUUCACAUCACCCUCACGCAGACCUGGGCUUCUCCAUUGUCGACCUGAUGAACGGGACCGGCACAGGCGACGGCGGCUUGUGGGAUCUGAGCGGCUUUGGAGACAGUGAUAAGAUGGACCUCCCCCCCGUUCCCAUCGCGCCGUCACUACAGACAGAACAGCCGCAAUCGUCACAGUCGCAACACUUGCAACCACCACAGCCUAUUCGUGAUCUUUCUAUCCUCCAGAACGAGGACCAGUGCAUUACAGCCGACGUCUGCCAGGUUCACGACCCCCGCAGCAAGAUUGGCUUCAUCGUCAAGGCCAUUUCCGACAUGUACAGAGACUUUGCUCAGCGUCGUGAGGCGCCCUUCUUGCACCCUCGCCUCUGGUCCUCACAGCUGCCCAAGACAAUCUUGACGGCAUUUUCCGCUGCCACGGCAUACUCUUCUCAGACCCCACAGACCAAGGGGUGGACGCUAAAGGUGUUGCUGGAUGCCGUGCGCGAAGUCCAUCGUGACGGCGAGAGAGCGACGACGCACGCGGAUCGGUUGGCGAGAGUGCAGGCGCUCUUGGUGCUGAACUCGAUGCGCAUCUUUGAUGGUGAUUUGGGCAUGAGGGCGGCGGCGGAGAGAGAGAUGAGCGUAUUUUUGUCGUGGGUGAAGGACUUGAUAGCAGUCAAGAAUGAGCUGGAAGAAGGCUUGCCAGCAUCAGCGCAUAUGUUGAGAGACAAGCCGCCAAAGAGCUGGGAUAGCUGGAUCAUGGUAGAAUGCACAAGGCGGACCAUCAUGAUUUCCUUUGCCAUAAUGUGUCUUGUCUUCGUCCUCAAGUCAGAAGAAGCCCCUCCAGAGUUCUGGGAAGACGGCCACAGCUUCACGGCCUCACGGCAUCUCUGGGAGGCCACCUCCUCGGUGGAUUUUUUCCGCGCGUGGCGCGAGAAGCCGCAGUACUGCGUUACGGACAUGAGCUUCAAGGAGUUUUGGAUGUAUGCUCGGCCGGAUGACAUGGAUGAGUUUACGAGGCUGAUGCUGACGACGCAAGUUGGCAUUGAUGCCGUCGAGCACUUCAUGGCAGGCGAAACAAAUAUACCGGUACCGCCAUGAACAGGAACACGGUGACAUUGCAUGAGAAUCUCAACUGAGAAGCAAAGUGCUCAUCAUAUAAUGAUCAUCUCCCAUCUAUUAAGAAUUCAACACAUACGGAAAGA